CAAAGUAAACAUGGCGAACCACUAGCGGAGCCGUUGUGUGCAUCCACUCGUUGAAGACGUUGAAUGUUUUUUUUUUUUUCUUAAAAGUCUUGACCGUAUAUUUUUUAUUUUAGCUUUGACACUGUUGUGCGCGUGUGUCGGGCACUGCGCUCCUUACAGGUUUCUCUUGGGAAAAGGGUGAAGGAGACGCGCCGUCACCAUGGGGCGACGUUCAACCUCCUCCACCAAGAGUGGGAAGUUUAUGAACCCCACCGACCAGGCCAGGAAGGAGGCCAGGAAGAGGGAGCUGAAAAAGAACAAGAAGCAGAGGAUGAUGGUGAGGGCUGCUGUACUGAAGAUGAAGGAUCCCAGACAGAUCAUCAAGGACAUGGAGAAGCUGGAUGAGAUGGAGUUCAACCCAGUGCAGCAGCCCUUGUUAAAUGAGAAGGUGCUGAGGGACAAAAGGAAGAAGCUCCGUGAAACGUUUGAACGCAUCGUCCGACUCUAUGAGCGAGAGAAUCCUGACACCUACAAAGAGCUGCGCAAGCUGGAGCUGGACUACGAGACCAAGCGAGGACAGCUGUCUCUUUAUUUUGACUCAGUCAAGAAUGCAGAGUCAGUGGAGGUAGACAGUAUCCCUCUGCCAGAGAUGCCUCACGCCCCCUCUAGUAUCCUCAUUCAGGACAUCCCAUUGCCAGGGGCUCAACCUCCCUCCAUACUGAAGAAGAGCUCCACUUUUGGUAAAGGAUCUCUGUCAUCAUCCUCUGGGCCAGUGUCUGCAGCAGUGGCAGGCGUCCCUCGUUUGCCGCCAGGGAAGAAACCCCCCGGCCCGCCACCAGGCCCCCCACCUCCACAGGUUUUGGCACUGUAUGGUAUUCCUGCCCGCCGUGCUUACGGCACAGAAGCAGAACCUUCCAUUCCUGGUUUAGAAAAAGAGUCUGCCAUGGAAGUUGGGAGAGACAGAGACAGCGGCAGCGAGAGCGACAGAGAAGGGGAGGAGGGCCAGGAAGACGAGAGUGACUCUGAGGAGGACAGCGAGGGAGAGAGAGAUGAAGGAGUUGGCAGCGACAGGAGGAGGAGCGUGGACAGACAAGAUGACGAGAGGGCGAGAGAGGAGGACAGAGACAGAGGUGACAGACAUGCUGGCCGGAGUGUACGUUUUGCAGAUAUGCCGCCAGUGGAAGCCCGGGAAGGAAAGAGGAAAAAAAAGAGGGUGGUGAAGAAGACCAAAGCCAUCACCCCUCUGCAGGCCAUGAUGCUUAGGAUGGCAGGUCAGUCUGUUCCUGAAGAGGAGGAGGAAGAAGAGGUAGAGGAAGAAUACACAGAUGAAUCAGACACCUCAGACAUUGAGGACAGGGGUCCACCUGGAGAGAACCAGACUCACAUUAUGGCCAAUCAGCGUCUACCCCCUCCCUCUGCACCAAUGGCAGGACAGCAAGGGCCUCCUCACAUGCCAGGACCACCAAUGGCAGGACCUCCACCGCUGGGGCCACCCCCGGCUCCUCCGAUGAGGCCACCUGGUCCACCUUCUGGCCCGCCUCCCGGCCCACCACCAGGUGCUCCUCCAUUUUUGAGGCCUCCCGGUAUACCUGGAGGCCUGAGGGGUCCCAUGCCUCGUCUGCUGCCUCCUGGACCUCCACCAGGUCGGCCCCCUGGUCCUCCUCCAGGACCCCCUCCUGGCCUCCCACCUGGCCCCCCACCUCGAGGUCCCCCUCCCAGACUACCACCCCCAGCACCACCAGGUAUCCCACCUCCUCCCCCAAGAGCUGGUGGGCCCCCUCGUCCCCUUGCCCCACCCCUCUCCAUCUUCCCUCCUCCCCUCAACUCCAACGUGCUCAGCGCUCCCCCCAGCAUCGUCCAGCGGCAGAAAGGCUCAGGCUCCAGCCAGGAGGGCGCUCAGGGCAACAUGCCUCCUCCUGCCAUGCCCAUGCCCAUGCGUCCAGGGGUCAUGCAGAUGCCCCCACCCCCCGGCACAGCUGCCUCCUCCACAGGUGCCAACCCGGGCGCCAAUCCACCCAGCCACCAUCACGCAGCCACCAUCGAAAAGCGAGCCAACAUCACCUCUGUUGCAGCUGGAGGAGGGGGUCUGGCUGCAGGUGCUGGAUCUGGUGGAGCCACCAUCUCUGCCAAACCCCAAAUUAUCAAUCCCAAGGCGGAGGUCACCCGCUUUGUGCCCACAGCGCUCAGGGUGCGUAGAGACAAGAGCGGGGCGGUGCCUGGAGCAGCGCCGGGGCCUUUGGAGAAGGCAGGAGGUGGUGGUGGUGGAGGUGGAGGAAGGAGGGGUGAAGAUGGCAUGGGAGUUGGCCAGGGGCAGAAACAGCAGGCCACGGCUGCUCCUAUGGGUAUGACCAACCCCGCCCAGAUGGGUGCUGUAUCGCAGCCCAACAUGAAGACUAAGGACCAGGUGUAUGAAGCCUUCAUGAGGGAGAUGGAGGGACUCCUCUGAGACUGAAGAGGGUGGUGGGGAAAUGUUCAGUGGAGGCUUUUGAACAAAAAGGCAGAUUAAGGAUUGGGUAUGUUUUACAUAUUUUCUGAACAGAGUCAUAGAAGUAGAUUUUCUUCACCUUCAGGCAGUGGUCCAGAUCAGUAUGUCAUCUUUUGUCAACACAAGAACAGACCUAUACACACUAGUGAUGGUCUAAACACUUUCAUAUGACACCAGGGAGAACGUGUGAAUUUCAUAUGAAGAUAAUGAAUCACUUUCUAAAUUGUGUGAUGUUCCAUCAAACAGCUGGCGUACAGCAAAUAAAGAAUGCUCUGAAACAGAGAAAAUUGUUUGCCUGUGACACCUGAGUUCUUUUUGUCCUCCAAUGUUUAGUUUCUUCCCACUUAGCUACUGUGUUCUUCCCCCCUGCCAACUGUAUAUGAUGUGUGAGGUAAUUUGGCUUGACUCACAGAGUGUUUUUAUAUGACUGUCAAAAUGUUUAUUUUAUUGUUGAACUCUGAAACUUGUUGAACAUCAAAAUGAAGAUGUGGAAUGUUAGUCAAAAAGUGAGAGAAGGCAGCGUCAUAAACAUGUCUGAAACUUUGAUCUGCAACUAAAUAAAAUACUUAAAAACAGUU